AUGGGAGACUGGAACUUGUUGGGAAGCAUCUUGGAGGAGGUGCACAUUCACUCUACCAUUGUGGGCAAAAUCUGGCUCACCAUCCUGUUCAUCUUCCGGAUGCUCGUACUCGGUGUGGCGGCAGAGGACGUUUGGGUGGACGAGCAAAGCGAGUUUAUUUGCAACACGGAGCAACCAGGCUGCAAGAACGUCUGCUAUGACCAGGCAUUCCCAAUCUCACUUAUCCGCUUCUGGGUACUGCAGAUCAUCUUUGUCUCAUCUCCUUCCCUGGUGUACAUGGGUCAUGCUUUGUACCGUCUCAGAGCUUUGGAUAAGGAGAGGCACAAGAAGAAAGCUCAACUUCGAGCUGAGCUGGAAGAGACCGAGUUCUUGCUGGAGGAGCACAAGCGUCUGGAGCGAGAACUUCGCAAGCUAGAGGAGCACAAAAAAAUCAAAAAGGCUCCUCUGAGAGGAUCUUUACUACGCACAUACAUCAUCCAUAUCCUUACCAGAUCUGUGCUGGAGGUGGGCUUCAUUGUGGGCCAGUAUAUCUUGUACGGAAUAGGGCUGAAUCCGUUGUUCAAGUGUGACAGGGUUCCUUGCCCCAACACUGUAGAUUGUUAUGUGUCCAGACCAACAGAGAAGACCAUCUUCAUGGUCUUUAUGAUAGUUAUUGCUGGGGUUUCUCUGCUCCUGAACCUUCUGGAGAUAUCUCAUUUGGGGUCAAAGAAAAUCAAAGAUGCUUUAUCUGGCUUGCAAUUCACAGAGGAUGACAGUCUUUGCAGAGCAAAGCAAGCAGCGAUGGAAAAUUUAUCACUGAGGAAAACGGCAAAAAUUAGCAUUCAGUCUGGCCCAAUGGACCAUCUGUAUUUACACAAUAUGGGUCCAAAUACCAUGUUAGCUGAGCAGAGACAUAGUAUCUUUUCAGGUACGACCAUUCCAGUGUCUUGUAUGAUCCAGACACGUCAGGACAUCCAAGGACUUAUCCACAAUGGACGCCUUCAAAGUCUUACAGAGCAAUACAAUGCUGAGGAUGAUCAAAACGAUGACCUGCCUCCCGAAAGCAGCACCGGUUCAUAUAGAGACAGCCUUUUACAGUGCAGACUUUCAACCUCGGCCCAGCAAAGUCAUGAGGGUCAGCUCGCUCAACGGCCAAGCCAUAGUGAGAUACCAAGCUGCAUCCUUAGCACCAUGCACCGAACGAGCCAAGUCCCUGAGCCAAACGAGGAUGGCACAGACUCAACAGACAGUGACUUCUACCCUCACCCCAGGAAGACCAGCUUCAUGGCACGGAUGCCUUCAGACAGCGCCUCAGACAGCCCAUCCUGCCUCAGCACCAGGAGCUCAGAGUCAGAGCUGGGCUCACUUAAUGACCUACCCAUGAACCCACCGCCAGGAGGACGGAGGAUGUCAAUGGCAAGUAGAGCCAAAAGACACACGGCAACUGACCUGCUGGUUUAG